AUGCGACGGCCGCUGGUUGAGGCGGACGCGGUGCAGGCCUCGGGAGCUGAGACGGCGGAGAUUUCUGUGGAUGUUGUUGCUUCUCUAGCAAGUGUGAAAUGGGGUGAACGUCACGGUGAUUGUUUGUGGAAUCCGGUGAGUUGCGAGAAGGGUGGAAUGGCGGUGGCUCACUGA